CCGCCUGCGUCACGGGCACGCGCCGGAAGCGCGGCGGGGCCGGGCAGAAGAUGGCGGCGGCGAAGCGCAGCGUCCUCUCCUCCCUGGCCGUGUACGCCGAGGACUCGGACCCGGAGUCCGACAGCGAGGCCGGGCCGGCGGGCGGCGAGGGGGCUGCGGGAGAGAAAGGCGGGCUCGUCUCCGUCGGGUACGGGGAGGACGACUUCACGCGGCUGGACGGCGAUGAGGAGGGCUACGAGGAGGAGGACGAGGAGACCAGCAGGCAGUCAGAAGAUGACGAUUCAGAGACUGAAAAACCUGAGGCUGGUGACCUAAAGGAAUUCUCAGAACUGGAGAAAAGAGAUCCUCAGGAGCUAGUUGCUUCUUUUUCAGAGAGAGUGCGCAACAUGUCUCCAGAUGAAAUCAAAAUCCCCCCUGAGCCUCCUGGCAGAUGUUCUAAUCACUUGCAGGAUAAAAUUCAAAAGCUGUAUGAGAGGAAGAUAAAAGAGGGCAUGGAUAUGAACUACAUCAUUCAAAGGAAGAAGGAAUUCCGCAACCCCAGCAUCUAUGAAAAGCUGAUCCAGUUCUGUUCAAUUGAUGAACUUGGUACAAAUUAUCCAAAGGAUAUGUUUGAUCCUCAUGGCUGGUCAGAGGAUUCGUAUUAUGAGGCACUAGCAAAAGCCCAGAAGAUUGAGAUGGACAAAUUGGAGAAGGCCAAGAAGGAGCGCACAAAGAUUGAGUUUGUGACUGGGACUAAGAAGGGUACAACAACAAGUGCUGCCUCUACAACAACCACAACAGCCAGUACCACGGUGGGAGAUGCACAGAAGAGGAAGAGCAAAUGGGACUCAGCCAUCCCUGUAACAACGAUAGCUCAGCCCACCAUCCUCACCACUACUGCAACGCUGCCAGGCGUUGUCACAGUGACAACAAGUGCGAGUGGAUCCAAAACUACGGUCAUAUCAGCUGUUGGCACCAUUGUGAAAAAGGCAAAGCAAUGACUAGCAUGCUGGGCCUGGAUUUUCAGACUGAUUGUCAUUGAAGCUAUUGUUCUCGAAAGGGAGGGGUAGCUUUUGCCUUUGGUAAAAGAUGACAAGAUUCUUUGAAACAGGCCACAGUUCCCAUUUGAAAGAAUGGGGGCAGGAGCAGGCAUGCCAGCUGUGUGCCCACAGGAAUGGACCUCUGCCGAAAAUGCCUCUGUCUUUUCUUGCUGCAGGAAGAACCAGUCUAUGUGUUGUGCUUGGAGGAAGGUUGUAUGGAAAGUCAGCUUGUAAAAGUUAGCUUAUUAAAUUACUGCAUUAGGUUCUUAUCCUACUUGCGAGUCUGGUGUAAAAAAAAAAGUGGUGAUGGAAUAUCAUAUUACCCUUGUGUAUUCCAGGUCAUCCUCAAAGGCUGCUGCUCGUGAUACGUACCUCCCUCACGUGCACUAAUUCAGUUUCAAGGGAAGUAGAGCAGAGACAAUUGGUUAGUGUCCCUCUUCAAAUGUGUAGCAGAGACUUAAGGAUCAAUCUACAUCUCUGAAUGUAGGCUCACUCUUUGUUGUAGUACUGACAUCUAUCUGUACCUGUGUGCAUAUCUGUGUAGAUCUUAGUGAUCAUGUGUUAAAUAGCUGAAAUACUGAGGUAACUACUGAAAUUGUCACGUUACCAUCUAUCGGGAUGGAGAUUUCUAUGCAGAAGCCGUAAGCUGUAGAGGUUUGAUUUGUGAACUCAUUUGUAAAGACCUGUGCAGAAAACUGUUCCAUUGCCAUGGAAUGAGAUUGGACAGCAGAUAAUCAGAGAGUACCUGAACUUGACUGUGACAUUGUCUUUGUAGUAGUGUUGUACCCUGAAGUGCACACAUGGCACUGCUUGCUCCACUGUUGUGAAAAAGUAUUUUCAGUUGAAAUUUUUAUUGUAUAAAUCUUCUUACUUGUGUUGCAAAAAGUUAUUAUAAAAAUGGAAAGUCUUUAAAAAAAAAAGUGUCAUUCAUGUGUUUGCAUUUCUCAUCUCGGUGAUGGAGAAUAAAUUAUCCAUUUGUUACACCUUAGGUUACAGAUAGCAUUAGGCAAGUAUGUCACGAUUUCGUGAGAGAUGGGAUGGUGUCACACUACUGAUUUUUUUUUGAAAUAUCAAACACUGGAGGAAAAAAAUGGGGCAUUAAAAUUAUUUUAAUUGGAGAUCCUUUUAUUAUAGAGGAUGUCCUGAAAUAGCUGGUAACUCAGCUGCUCUUAAUGGUAUUUUUUCACAUCUGCUCCAGCACCUUGAACUUCAAGUUACCUUCAAGCACUAGCAGCUGUGUUUUUCCUUAAAACCUUUAUCUACAGAGGCCAGUCACCUAAAGAGGAGCUCAGCAGCAAAUGAAGCAUUUUGUUUGCUGUUUUGAGGUAAGUGGGAUAGAUAACUUGAAUGGUUCCGUCUGUUUAUAGAAAAAGUUGCUAAUGUGGAUUUAUUUUCUUUGCAGUGGUCACUCCAUAUUAUUUUAAUAAGUCUUUAAUUCUUAUACCAUGACUUUUCAGAUUUGGUAGUUCUACAGUUUUCUACUGCUUUAAGUUAAUUUGAAGUUAAAUUCCUACUUAAAGCCUUUUUUUUUUUCCUAAUGCAUAAGCGGUGAUAGAAGAUAAGGUUGCUACAUCAGUAGAAGUGUAAGGUUCUUAGGAUUCAAUGUUGCUUUUUCAGGUUUUUAUAUACCUUAUGUCACUCCUGAUUUAAAUCUUGCGUUUAUGGAGACUUAAAGAUAAAUAAGAGUCUUCUCUCUUGGGACUUAGAGUACUCUACAGAGGCUGGCAUUUUCCACCUCAGCUGUUGAAGGUGUUUCUUCCUUUGUCUUGAGGAGAGUUCAUAGUUUUUGGGUGUUUCUUUUAAAGGCCAAGGACUUACUUUUGGUGGGAAAUACAAGCCACCAGAUAGCUUUGCAGCCUUGUAAAGUCUUCUGUCUAGAAUAUCUGUACAAUUCCAGCCUAUUUAAAACCUGUAUGGUUUAAACAUUUUAAAGUUUUGCUGAACAGCAUGUGGAUGAAGAUACAGCAGUAAAAAAAAAAAAAAAAUGGGUCCCAGCUGCUUCAGUUUUUCAGCCUAUAGAUUAAUGGCAAACUGGGCACCAGAAUGAUCACUGCAAUUAGUUUAAUCCUAUGAACAGGAGUGGGAGGUGUGUCUGGGCUUCUACAACAACAAACACUCCUCUAAUGAAUGUCCAUGAUAUGUAUGCUGUGAGCAAGUCUGUCUGAAGCUGGGUGAGAUUAAAUAUCUUGCUGGAGUGUGUUCCCAUACCCAAAGUGCAGCCUAGUACCAGAGGUACCAGCCACUCUUGUGCAUCCAUUCUUCUUCCCUAAUAAUUUUAACUGGUGGUAAACACAAAGUUGGAGAGUUUGAGACUAUGUUGAUGUACCUGACCUUGCAGAUUAAGCCUAAACACGAAUGUAAGCUUUAAUGGAAAAGACUUUUUCUGUAACAACUGGUUAUCUUUUGCCUAAGGCCUUACAGGUCCUAGUAAUGUUGAAUCAGAAGUGGUCACUGUUUUCUGAUAGAC